UAGUUUCCUUAUUUUAUAACUCGCCAGUGUUAUUAAAAUAUUGGCUUGUACUUCUAUACAACAGUAAGUACUGUUGCAUAUACAUACUUGUGUAUCGUUAUCGGUAUUAUGUCAUGCGACGUUUGCUGCAUUUCUCAGGGCCGUUUCGUUGUUGCUAGUUAGCAGUUAUUAAGCUUGUAUGCUCGUAAUUUACGACAUUCGUUUAGUUUUGUUGUCCGCUGAAGACUUGAACCUCCUUUGGAUUCAGACUGAGGUAGUUUUGAUAGGACGUAUUCUGACUAGACCACGAUGCUCGGCGGUAGCGUUCUUUGGUUCCGGCAUGGCCUGCGUCUGCACGACAACCCGUCGUUGCACGCGGCGCUGGAAGACAGGAACGUUCCCUUCUUCCCGGUGUUCAUAUUUGAUGGGGAGACUGCUGGUACUAAGUUGGUCGGGUAUAACCGUAUGCGUUACUUGCUGGAAGCCCUGGAUGACCUCGACCAGCAGUUCAAGAAACAUGGCGGCAGGCUCAUCAUGUUGAAGGGGAAGCCCAACGUCGUUUUCCGGAGACUUUGGGAAGAGUUUGGCAUCCGCAAGCUAUGCUUUGAGCAAGACUGCGAGCCAGUAUGGCGGGCUCGGGACGACAGCGUGAAGACAGCCUGCAAGGAGAUAGGCGUGACCUGCAAGGAGCACGUGUCGCACACCCUGUGGGAGCCAGACACCGUCAUCAAAGCCAACGGGGGCAUCCCGCCGCUCACCUACCAGAUGUUCUUGCAUACGGUGGCGACUAUCGGCGACCCGCCGCGACCGGUCUCCGAGGUCGACUUCACAGGCGUCAAGUUUGGCACGCUGCCAGAGAGUUUCUACCAGGAGUUUACAGUCUUCGAUAAGGCCCCAAAGCCCGAGGACCUAGGCGUGUUUCUGGAGAACGAGGACAUCCGUAUGAUCCGGUGGGUGGGCGGCGAGACAACCGCGCUCAAGCAGAUGCAGGAACGCCUCGCUGUGGAAUAUGAGACCUUCUGCAGGGGUUCUUACUUACCAACGCACGGCAAUCCGGAUUUAUUGGGCCGUCCAAUAUCGUUGAGUCCAGCUCUGAGAUUUGGAUGUCUGUCUGUCAGGAGUUUCUACUGGUCAGUGCAGGACCUGUUCCGUCAAGUUCAUCAAGGACGUCUCGAUUCUACUCAAUUUAUUACAGGACAGCUAAUUUGGCGUGAAUAUUUCUACACUAUGAGUGUGAACAACCCGAACUACGGGCAGAUGGCUGGCAACCCCAUCUGCUUGGACAUCCCGUGGAAGAAUCCUGAAGGGGAUGAGCUUCAAAAAUGGGUGUCGGGCCGCACGGGCUUCCCGUUCGUGGACGCGGCCAUGCGCCAGCUGCGCUCGGAGGGCUGGCUGCACCACGCGGCGCGCAACACCGUGGCGUCGUUCCUCACGCGCGGCACGCUGUGGCUGUCCUGGGAGCACGGCCUCAACCACUUCCUCAAGUACCUGCUCGAUGCUGAUUGGUCAGUGUGCGCGGGCAACUGGAUGUGGGUAUCGUCGUCGGCGUUCGAGGCGCUGCUGGACUCGGGCGACUGCGCCUGCCCCGUGCGGCUCGGACAGCGGCUCGACCCCAGCGGGGAGUACGUGCGGCGGUAUGUGCCCGAGCUCGCCAGGAUGCCCGUCGAAUACAUCUACGAGCCAUGGAAGGCGCCCAUCGACGUGCAAGAGCGCGCCAGCUGCAUCAUAGGCAAGGACUAUCCCGCGCCCGUCGUCAACCAUAUCGUGGCCGCGCAGAGGAACAGAAAUGCUAUGCAGGAAUUGCGUAACAUUUUACAAAAAGCGCCUCCGCACUGCUGCCCGUCCUCCGACGCAGAAAUCCGACAAUUCAUGUGGCUCAACGACUAAUAAAACGAGGUGUCAAACUCCUGCGAUAAAAAAGAAAAUGAUUAUCGUAUUCUCUCUGGUACUGUCUUCUAAUUGCGUACGUAGUUCUUUCUGUUUCGUGAUGUAUCUGUGCAAUUAAUCUUAUGUCAGGUUUAGAAAAAAAAACCUAGUUUAGUUUAUAAUUCCGUCGUGCACCGUAUCAUUUGAUGUCUUGUUACUCCGGCCUGGCUGUAUCGCACCCAGUGUCACUAUUGUAAUGUUUUAACUGCCUGAAAAAAGGCCUAAAUACAUUAAAAUAUAUAUAUAUUUUAUACUAUAAGAUCUAAAAUCAAGACUUUUGUCUGUUGCGGAAGAUAGAAAACUUACACGCAGUGUCGUCAUCUCUCUUCUACAUCGACUACAUCUAGUCUUGUCCUCCUUCAACGUUCUUUAGUUUAUGCCUACUAAAGCGUGCUUUCUUGCAGUUGUUUAUCGAUACCUCUUUUGAUCUGUACCUGACCAAAGAGUAUUUCAAUAUAUUUGUACUCCACUGUUUGACGUUCCGUAAGCAUUAUUUUAAUAAGUAAGGGCCCCAGUAGUCAUGAUACUUUUAUUUAAGUGAAGAAUAAAACUGUACUACUUAUGUUCCUAGUUACAAUAGUACUACUUUCAACUUAGUAUGAAAAAAAGCCUACUAAGGACAAAAGAAAAGUAACUUAAAAUACGGGC